CCUUAACUCUAUUCUAAACAAUAAGGGUCGCCUUCAGAAACUCAAAAUAAACAAAUUACCUCAACCCAGACUGAGAGUUUGAGACAAAAGGAAAAUAAAAAAAAAGAAUCCUACCAGGAAUGGCCAUCUGGCGCCCCAUGACCGAGCGUGAUCUGCCGGGCGUCAUGCGUGUGGCAGACGAGAUACAUCGGGAUCUGCCCGAGCGCGAGUCCAUCUUCCGCGAGCGCCUGGGACUCUUUCCCGAGGGCUGCAUGGUUCUCGUUUCGGAAGAGGGGGAGGAGGAGAAGAAGGGGCGGGAAGAGGUGGGCGGCUACGUGGUCUCCUUCCCGAUCCGCCACGGCCGGCCCCCGGCGCUGAACCAGCCGUUGGGCGGCGACGCGAUCCCGCCCGAUGCGGACCAGUACUACCUGCACGACAUCGCCAUCCUGCCGGCCCUCCGCGGCCGCGGCGCCGCCGCCCGCUGCAUCGCCCGCCUCCUCGACGGCGUCGCCCGCCGCUACCCGACCACCUGCCUCAUCUCCGUCUACGGCACCGUCCCCUUCUGGACCCGCUUCGGCUUCGCUCCCGAGCCCGUCGACGACGACGCCGCCAUGCGGGACAAGCUGCGCGGUUACGGCCCGGGAGCGACCUACCUCGUCCGUCGGAACGCGUGAGGAGCCUGGGAGACAGGUUAUAGUCCCCG